UAUGGUCCAAAGGAGCACAUAGACACCAUGACUAGGCAACCAAGCUCAAUGGAGAGCUUUGGUGUGUGCAUUAUUUCUUUGAUUCUUCUUUUGAUGCUUACUAAAAAUUUAAGUUCCAAUGCACUUGGUGACAGUAUAAAGGAUGAGGAAGGACUCAAAGAAGACCAAAAUGAAAUGGAAAAUUCUCUCUCAAAUAAUGAUGAAAUGAGGGGCAUGAAAGAUGAUGAUUGGCAGAUGGUGCAAAAGAAAGGAAACCAAUUUGUGGUGAAUGACAAACCUUUCUAUGUCAAUGGAUUCAACACGUAUUGGCUGAUGGUAUUUGCUGCAGAUGAGUCCACCAGAGGAAAGGUCACUGAGGUGUUCAAACAAGCAUCCUCAGUUGGUAUGACAGUUUGUAGGACUUGGGCAUUCAAUGAUGGCCAGUGGAGGGCCCUACAGAAAUCCCCAUCAGUUUAUGAUGAAGAAGUCUUCAAGGCUUUGGAUUUUGUGGUAAGUGAAGCAAAGAAAUACAAAAUCAGGCUUAUAUUAUCAUUGGCCAACAACUGGGAGGCAUAUGGAGGCAAAGCACAAUAUGUGAAAUGGGGCAAUGCUGCUGGCCUUAACUUGACCUCUGAUGAUGACUUCUUCUCACAUCCAACUCUUAGAAGCUACUACAAGGCCCAUGUUAAGACUGUGCUCAAUAGAGUUAACACAUUCACAAACAUCACUUAUAAGGAAGAUCCAACAAUUUUCGCUUGGGAAUUGAUGAAUGAGCCUCGUUGCACCUCAGAUCCAACUGGUGACAAGUUACAGGAUUGGAUACAAGAAAUGGCUUUCCAUGUGAAGAAAAUUGAUCCAAAACACCUAGUGGAGGUCGGAGUAGAAGGAUUUUAUGGGCCAUCAACACCUCAGAGAACUCAGCUCAAUCCCAAUACAUAUGCUACACAGGUUGGAACUGAUUUUAUCCGGAACCACCUGGUUCUUGGUGUGGACUUCGCUUCUGUUCACAUGUAUCCUGACUCUUGGAUUUCACAACAAAUUGCUGAUACACAUAUCCCAUUUGUAAAAUCAUGGAUGGAAGCCCAUAUAGAGGAUGCUGAAAGGUAUCUUGGAAUGCCAGUUGUUUUUGCGGAGUUUGGUGUAUCUUCCAAAGACCCUGGCUAUAAUUCAUCAUAUAGAGACACGGUUAUAAGCACUGUGUACAGUACCAUCCUAAACUCCACAAAGAAAGGAGGGAGUGGGGCUGGAAGCCUUUUGUGGCAAUUUUUUCCUGAUGGAACCGAUAACAUGGAUGAUGGGUAUGCAAUUGUUCUCUCAAAAUCUCCUUCUACCUCAAGCAUUAUACAACUUCAAUCCACUAGGCUUGCACUGUUUAAUUCCUUGUGCAACACCAAAUGCAAUUGGGGUUGUAAGAAGAAAAAAUUGUUGGAGGAAAUACUCUAUCAUGACGAACUGUAACACGACUAUCAUGAAGAACUGUAACACCAUAUGUGGAAAGUUUCCAAUUGUAAUGCUAUGGUCAUAUAAAACCAUCCAUGGAUAAAUAUGUGAUUCGCCAUAUAAUUUUGUUUGUAUUAAUAUCAAAUCAACAAUGUGUUUAAUUUGUAUGUUGUGACAUUAUGGUCAUGCAAGAUCACCACCAUCUAAACUA